AGCAAACAAAAACAUUUGACAAUGAUUCCAGCGACGACCGGAGCAAUGUGGGGAUUCGCCGGCACAACAAUGGCGAGCCUUAUGUUCUUUUGGUCAAUGUUCAGACAGUUUGUGCCAAAUGAACUCCAAGCUUACAUCGAGAAGUUCAUCUACAAGAUGAUGGGAUGGGUCUCGAUCAAGUUUAGUGACCAUACCGGUGAAGGUCUCCAGAGAAGCAAAGCCUAUGACUCGAUACGUCAUUACCUAUCGGCAAACUCAAUGGCUCGUGCUCAGAAGUUAAAAGCCAACGAGUCUAGAAACAUGAGAUCUUUGGUGCUUAGUAUGGACGAUCACGAGGAGGUUCAAGAUGUGUUUGAAGGUGUGAAAGUGAAGUGGUACUCGAGCGUGGAAAAGAGCGGUACUAAGACUAAAAUGAGGGAGAGAAGAUACUUUACGCUAAGUUUCCAUAGGCGGCAUAGAGGGAUGAUUGUAGAUAGAUAUAUGGAGCAUGUUUUGAGAGAAGGUAAAGUGAUAGGGUUGAGGAAUAGAGAGAGGAAGCUUUACACUAAUAACUCGAGUGGAGAUUGGUCUUAUUACGUGGAAGGGAGGUGGGGAAAUGUUCCUUUUCAUCAUCCAGCCACGUUCGAGACUCUAGCUAUGGAUCCUGUGAAGAAAGAAGAGAUCAAGAAGGAUUUGAUAAAGUUUAGUAAAGGGAAAGAUUAUUACAAGAAGGUUGGGAAGCCGUGGAAGAGAGGUUAUCUCUUGUUUGGACCGCCCGGGACAGGGAAAUCGACAAUGAUAUCGGCAAUGGCGAAUUUCUUGGAGUAUGAUGUGUAUGAUCUUGAGCUGACAACAGUUAAGGAUAACUCAGAGUUGAAAAGGUUGUUGUUGGAUACGACAGGGAAGUGUAUCAUUGUGAUUGAAGAUAUUGAUUGCUCUCUUGCUUUCACGGGGCAGAGGAGGAAGACAAAGGAGGAAGAAGACGACGAUGAUGAUGAUGAUGAGAAGAAGAAUAAGAAGAAAAAGGAAGCUGAGGAGGAGAAGAAGAAAGAUGAGAACAAGAGUAAAGUGACAUUGUCAGGGUUAUUAAAUGGUAUAGAUGGGUUAUGGUCAGCUUGUAGUGAAGAGAAGAUUAUUGUCUUUACGACUAAUUUUGUGGAUAAGCUUGAUCCGGCAUUGAUACGUAGAGGAAGAAUGGACAACCACAUUGAGAUGUCUUAUUGCAAGUUUGAAGGGUUCAAGGUUUUGGCUAAGAACUACUUGGAGAUUGAGUCACAUGACUUGUAUGGAGAAAUCAAGAGAUUGCUAGAGGAAACUGAUAUGUCUCCAGCUUAUGUUGCCGAGACAUUGAUGCCAAAAUCUGAUGAAGAAGAUGCUGAUAUUUGCAUCAAACGUUUGGUCAAGACUUUAGAGGAAGAGAAGGAGAAAGCUAGGAAGUUGGCUGAGGAAGAAGAGAAGAAGAAAGUGGAGAAGGAAUCGAAAAAGAAGAAGAAGGCAGAAGAAGCUGAGAAGAAAGACAAGAAGAUAGAGGGAGAAGUGAAGGAGAAGGAAGAAAAAUAA